GUGCUUUUAAACCAUAGAGUAGGCUAAUGUUUAGACCGAUAGUUAGGUAAUUGUAGGAAAAUAAACACACUUUAGGUUGUUGAUUUGCCAUUUUUGGGCGGUAGUCUUGUGUUACGUGUCAUAACAUUUCCUUUAAAGCCACUGGAAUCGCAGUGAAUGAGAAAAACGUCGGAUUUCCCCUCUGAGAGCCAAACACUUUGUGCUUUACGAUCAGCGGCGAAUUGCUCCUGUGAACUGCUCCUUCAUCAUGCAGCUUCUGAAAAAAAGACGGAAAAGCCCUACAUGUUGAUUGUAUUUCAGCAGCAGCAGCAGCAGCAGCAGCGUAUGUCUGAAUGAGAGAAAACCCCCCGGUCACGGCUGACAAGAUCUCACAUCCUACAGCUGCCUCACUUCAUCCACCGCAGUUGCACACAAUGUAAUAUGUCGAUGACACAUUUUCCCUGACUGUUCAAUGGAAGUAUGUUAUCAGCUGCCGGUUUUGCCUCUAGACAGGCCGGUUCCCAAGCAUGUCCUUAGCCGGAGGGGAGCCAUCAGUUUCAGCUCCAGUUCCUCUCUCUUUGGGGCUCCUGAUCCAAGGCAGCUGUCACAGAGACGAGGAGCCAUCUCCUACGACAGCUCAGACCAGACGGCACUGUACAUCCGUAUGCUAGGAGCUUCUGUAGUAUUCAAACAGCUGUUUGCAAGAGAUGUGAGAGUGAGAAGUCAGGUGGGAUUUGAACCAGAACGAAGAAGCUCCCACCCGUACCUGUGCAUCGACUUCCGAACUCUUCACACACGGCUGGGCUGUGGCUCCACGUCGGCCAGCUCCGCUCCUGAAAGGAGGGUCCACAGAUUGCUCAGCUUCCAGAGGUACCUGCACUCAUCCCGCCUGCUGCGAGGAGUCCCCCAUCAGAUCCCCCUUCACAUUCUCGAUGAAGACUACACUGGACAGGCCACAUGCAUGCUGGAAAAAGUUGGGACCUGGAAUUUUGACAUUUUCCUCUUUGACAGGUUGACAAAUGGAAACAGCCUGAUCACCCUGACCUUCCACCUGCUCAACCAGUAUGGCCUGGUAAAGCUCUUCCAGCUGGACAUGAUCAAACUUUGGAGGUUCCUGGUUAUGGUCCAGGAGGACUACCACAGCGACAACCCUUAUCACAAUGCUGUCCAUGCUGCAGAUGUCACACAGGCCAUGUACUGCUACCUGCGGGAGCCCAUGCUUGCAAAGUCCUUGACCUCCUGUGACAUUCUGCUGGGGCUACUAGCAGCUGCCACUCAUGACCUGGACCAUCCUGGGGUCAACCAGCCUUUCCUCGUUAAGACUGACCACUAUCUGGCUACACUGUACAGGAAUACCUCAGUUCUGGAAAACCAUCACUGGAAGUCGGCAGUGGGCCUCCUCAGAGAGACUGGUCUGUUCUCCCAUCUGCCUGCUGAGGACAGUCUGAACAUGGAGAGGGAGUUGGGCUCCUUAAUCCUGGCCACAGACAUCAGCAGACAGAAUGAGUACCUAUCCAGGUUUCGCACACACCUGGACCAGGACAACCUGUGCUUGAGCAAUGCUAGUCACCGACACUUCAUCCUGCAGAUGGCUCUCAAAUGUGCAGACAUCUGUAACCCCUGCAGACCGUGGGAGCUGAGCAAACAGUGGAGUGAGAGAGUGACGGAGGAGUUCUUCCAACAAGGAGACAUUGAGAAGAAGCACAAACUUGAAGUCAGCCCACUAUGUGACAGAGAAACAAACACAGUUGGUGACAUUCAGAUAGGAUUCAUGACGUACGUGGCGGAGCCGCUGUUUGCUGAGUGGGCUCGUUUCUCUGACACUCGUCUGUCUCAGACCAUGCUGGGCCACAUGGGGCUGAACAAGGCCAGCUGGGGUGGCCUACAGCACGAACAAACUUCCAACUCCGAGGAGGCGGAACCCAGCAUAGCUGGCAGUGAUGCAGAAGGUGUUGCCGCUCAAAGAGACGGUGACACACCUACAGCCGCAGGAGGAACCAGCUCCAAAGAAAUACCUCAG